UUUUCAAAACACUUGAUAGCAAAAUAGAAAAUACAAGUAGAUUAUCGUUUUUGACAUUUCACAGCUGGCUCAACGUCAUCCAUCAAAGCGGAUGCCGAUCCAACAGCAACCCUGAAAGGACGAGCUUCAGCAGUACUGUAUACCCAAGGUCUUCAUCCCAAUCAAACACUAAACCCCCUACGAACUAUUAGUAUAGUAACCAGCUAAUACCUUGCUUGUCAGUCAGACAUUCCUUGGCCAUGUUUUCCAGUUCAGUAAUUCUUCGACGAGGGGCACCUCGAGCUCUUCGCUGCUCCCCUAGUGUUGCUCGGUGUUUCUCCUCCCCUCCCCAACCGUCGCCCAGCGCCUUUGAUCCUGCUGAAAUGGAAAAGACCGUCGAAGAAAUGAGAAAGGACUACAUUACGGAUGAGGACUCGAAAUAUGCAUUGGGCAAACACCGUUGCAAUGCGCUCGAGCUGGUAAGCAAGGUUCCAAUCAUUGAAGUGGCUAAAGAGAUGGCCAUCUGUGAUGGAGGUGGUGGUGCUUUGGGGCAUCCUGUGGAAUACAUCUCCUUGGCACGUCCUGGCUCGGUCGAGACCUGCAAGUACUGUGGGCUCCGGUACACGCAAAAGGCGCACUGAACAACACGUACAAGACCGUCACAACAACCAUCAAAGCUGAAGACUUGUAGUGAAGAGAUUCACUGUGUAUUCAUUAUGAAUUUAGUCUAAUUUUCUGACCUUAGAAACAGAUUUUCUCCGUGUU